CGAAAUGCGACGCCAAUAAUAAUCAAAGCACACAAUUAUGAUUCUGUCAAAAGCGUGACAAUUUUUAAAGUGAAUUGUAAACAUUAUCCAAAAAAAGCUUAUUUUAAUUAAAUAAUCAGUAUUUUUUUUUGAAUAUGAGUGGUCCUAACGGAAUGCUAUAUGGUGGUGAUGAAAUAGGAGCUUUAGUGUUCGAUCCCGGGCAUCACUCGCUUAGGGUUGGUUAUGCCCAAGAAGAUACUCCUAAAGCCGACAUCCCUGCAGUUAUCGGUGUCGGCCCAGCAACUCACAUCCCUGACGCUGAAGAAAAGGUCCCCGAUGGAAAUGUCACACAGAGCGCUACAAAGAAAGAUGAGCUCCGGUACUACAUAGAUGUGACGGAGCUUCACGUACCCCGGCCGAACAUGGAGGUUCAGACAUAUAUGAAAGAUGGACAGAUCGAUAACUGGGAUCUGUUUGAGAAAAUGUUGGAUUACUGUUAUUCAAAGGUGAUAAGAUCACCAUCAGAACAUCAUCCGGCUCUCUUCACUGAGGCCGUGUGGACAACCAGGCCGGCUCGGGAGAAGCUCGCUGAGUUGUUGUUUGAAAAAUACCAAGCUCCAGCCUUCUUUUUGGUCAAAAAUGCUGUUCUGGCAGCAUUCGCGAACGGAAAGUCAACAGCACUGGUGGUAGACGCUGGUGCAAGCCAAACUUCAGCAAUCCCCGUUAUUGAUGGAUACGCGUUAACAAGUGCCGCAGCCCGUUCACCCCUCGGCGGCGAUCACUUAGCGUCCCAAGCCAAACUGCUGCUGGCAAACAUGCACAUCCACAUGCUGCCCUUAUACAGCAUACAGAGCAAAGAAGUCAUACGUGAGAGAGAGAGAGCGAGAUACACACCUCGCGUUCUACCAGCAGGUCUAACUUCCAGCUGGCAGCAGUACAUGCUAAAACGGCAGUAUGAGGACUUCGUUCACACAGUGGCCCAAGUGUCUGAAAUGGUGUACGACGAACGGACAGCCGCUUCCGUUCCAGGUGUUCAUUACGAAUUUCCAGGUGGUUAUCACCAGGACUUCGGACCGGAGAGGUUCAAACUGACGGAAUGCCUGUUUGAACAGACUCUGGGAGCGCCGCAUCUGGUUUGCGCGGCGGCGUCGGCCUGCGACGCGGACGCUCGCUCGGCUCUCUGGGGCGCGGUGGUCGCGUGCGGCGGGGUGGCGUGCACCGGCGGCUGGAUGGAGAGGCUCGGCAAGGAGCUGGCGGCCAGGGCGCCCUCCUCACACAGGCUCAAGACCAGCGCCCCGCCCGCGCACAGCGAGCGACGAUUCGCCGCCUGGAUCGGUGGGUCUAUCCUAGCGUCUAUCGGCUCGUUCCAGCAGAUGUGGAUCUCGUCCCAGGAGUACGACGAGGGCGGCAAGGGCCAGCUCGAGAGGAAAUGCCCUUAGUACUGAUAAUAAAUAUAUAUUACAA